AUGUCAUCUACAUUUCUAUAUCAUCGAAAACUCAUUAUUACAAAUACAACAAUUCUAACUAUGAACAUUUCUAGUCUUGAUUUCUAUCCAUAUAUAGCUGUACUUGUUGAAUUUCGUACAGCUGAUCAUAUUGUUGCGAUUGUUCAUAAUGUUAAUCAUAAUAUUCCAUCAACAUGGCCAAUUCAAAUAUUUCAUGGAAAAGAUAAUGAAGGUUUUAUUAGAAAUUCAACUUUAGCACCAUUAAUUGCAUCAGGAAAAAUAUUUCUUACUUUAAUGAAAGAAGUUUAUGGAAAAAAUCGAACAAAUGAAUUAUUAACAGAUCGUAAAUUUUGGCAACAAGUUAGCGGUGAAAAAAUCCUUUUUUUUCAAAUCGAUUCAGCUAUGUGUUCAAAUUCUCCACAUAAAAUUACUGAUUUUCUUCAAUAUGAUUAUAUUGGUGCUCCAUGGGAUCCAUCUUGGUUUGGAUUUGGUAAAGUUGAUUUAGUUGGUAAUGGUGGAUUUUCAUUAAGAAGUCGUAGUAAGAUACUUGCUUUACUUGUACUUCUUCCAUAUGAUCAUAAAACGCCAGAAGAUGUUUGGUAUUCACAGAAUUUGCGUCGAGUAAAUGCAUCAAUUGCUCCAGUAAAUAUAUCUAAAACAUUUUCAGUUGAAUCCGUAUAUUAUGAAAGACCAUUAGGUGUACACCGAUUUCCUUUAAAAUGUUCAAUUCGAGCAAAAUUGUUUGAUACAUGUCCAGAAUCAAUGAUGAUAAUGCCAGAAAAGUGUACUUAA